GCGGGACAGACACUGUACCUCUCUCACUGGACCGGCUCGGACGCAAAUAGGAACAGUGAUAACUAUUUUGACGACAAUAUUUUCGACAGAACUCCAUUUGGAUACUAAUGAAUAUUAAAUAUUUUAUAUGGAUGCUUCUGUUUUCAUUCUGAGUAACUUUAUCGAUUCUAAUGUGGAAAGAUACACUAACGUUACUUGAAUAAUAAUAAAAUAAAUAAAUGAUCUCACGAUUUGAUAUGAGCCUGCGACCUUUUAUUUCCCUUUUUUAUAUAUUUUUUAUUAUUAUUAUUUUGAUUUGGAAACAUUUACAAACUGACCGUGUUCAACAUGCGAGAGUUUAAAGGAGUUGGAAGCGCGUCCGCGGCGCGCCGUGAACCUAGCGUCACCGCUCACAGGAUUUACCUGCCCUUCAUCUUACUGCUGCUCAUGUUUACUCCUAGCGUGGACUCGUCUUGGUGGUACAUUGGUGCGUUAGGUGUACGGGUCAUUUGUGACAACAUUCCAGGGCUGGUGAACAAGCAGAGACAACUCUGUCAAAGACACCCAGAUCUCAUGCAAUCCAUCGGAGAGGGAGCCAAAGAGUGGAUCCGAGAAUGCCAGCACCAGUUCCGACACCAUCGGUGGAACUGCAGCACGCUGGAGAGAGACCAUACUGUGUUCGGCCGUGUCAUGUUACGCAGUAGCCGUGAAGCAGCAUUCGUUUAUGCAAUAUCCUCUGCCGGUGUGGUUUAUGCCAUCACCAGAGCAUGCAGUCAAGGAGAGCUGAAGAUUUGCAGUUGUGACACCCACAGGAGAGGCCGGGCGAGAGAUAAAGAAGGAGACUUUGACUGGGGCGGCUGUAGCGACAAUAUCAAUUAUGGUAUCAAGUUUGCCAAAGCUUUUGUGGAUGCCAGAGAGAGGAUGGUCAAAGAUGCCAGAGCACUGAUGAAUCUGCACAACAACCGCUGUGGGAGAAUGGCAGUAAAGCGUUUCAUAAAGACUGAAUGCAAGUGUCAUGGAGUCAGUGGGUCAUGUGCUCUCAGGACAUGCUGGCUGGCUAUGUCUGAUUUCCGGCAAACGGGGGACUACUUAAGAAAGAAGUAUAAUACUGCUGUUGAGGUCACAAUGAACCAGGAUGGUUCAGGCUUCAUGGUUGCAGACCGAGAUUACAAGAAAACGACCAAAAAUGAUCUAGUAUACAUUGAGAACUCUCCAGACUAUUGUCUAAUGGACCGAUCAGCAGGCUCUCUGGGAACAGCAGGACGGGUGUGUAACAAGUCUUCCAGAGGCAUGGAUGGCUGCGAGGUCAUGUGCUGCGGCCGAGGGUACGACACCACACGUGUAAAACGUGUGAGCAAAUGCGAGUGCAAGUUCAAAUGGUGCUGCGCUGUGGAGUGUAGCGACUGUGAGGAAACUGUGGACGUUCACACCUGUAAACCAGAUAAGAAACCCGACUGGCUCGAUUUGACCUGAUUACCAUGAACAUGACCAAUAAGCAGCUGCUGGUGCUUUUCCUUUCUCAGGUUUUUGAAGUGGACCACUGCAUUGUGGAAUGUGUAAUUUAUGACUAUAACACUAUGAUCUCCACUUGCAGAACCCUGAACUUUAUCUGCCUUCAAUGAUGCAAGCUCAGAGAUCACAGGCCAGUCUGGAGCACUGGUAGACGCUUGGUGUCAUGGGAAAUCAUACAAUGGGUAUUGUCUGGUGUUUAAUAGAGUGAACUGUGACUAUGAAACAAUCCUUUCACUAUUUUCAAACUGUAAAACACAUUUUACUGAUAAUAUGUGUGCCUUAACAUGGAAUUAUGUUUUUUGGACAGCUUUGAUAAAUGUGUGGAGUUUUAGGGAAAAAAACUCAAACAUUUUCUCAAAAAUGUAUUUUCACGCCAAGAACAAUUCCACUUCAUGGUCCAAAAUAAUACUUUGAAGGGUGCUGUAAAAAUUUUAAACAGUGAUAAAUGUAUUUCCCUUCAUUUACUUCAUGGAGCAUAAUUUUGAUACAUGACUUCUGCAUGAAAGAAUUAGAAAAAUGUUACAUUUAUGGUGACAUCCCAUUGUCACUGCAGAGAAAUAUAUCUUUAAUGUUAUCUUUUAAUGCCUAAGCACUUAAACACCCCUUCAAAUAUGAGCACUUUUUUUUGGUUUGGUAGAGUUUAGUUGCAUUAAAUUGUCUAUGAUAAAGUCAGUAUUUUCCCUGAUGGAUUUCUUUUUGAAAUGUGAUGUCUUUCUAAUAAAGUAGCAACUAAACGAGAUAUCUUCAAAAUAAAUUUAAAGAUAUACCAGCUACUCAAAAAUAAAACAACAACUCUGAAGCUGAAUGGCCUUUUUAAAUGUUUUACUGCUUGCUUCAUAUAGAUGUCCUCGUGUAAACCCCACACUAACUGUCAAAUCAUUGCUCAAAUAAGAGCAGCUCACUGAGAUUGAGCAGCAAAAAUAGUCAGGUUAGCAUGACUGGCAUUCUUCGCCAUUCAUUUUCCUGCCCUGAAUAAAGCAUCUUAGUUUGACAACAUGGUUGUUUCUAAAUUUGCUGUUAUGAUGGUCAAUGAAGUGCUCGGGUCAUCACGAUGGUCAGCAAUGCGGUGUCCAAAAUGGUGGCACCAUAAAUCAAAUGCAACCUGAAACUUUGUAAGGUAAAAUCGUGGAAGUUCAUUUUGUUGUUGUGCAAGCUGCAGUUGACGAAAGAGGCCAAAAAGUAAAGUCGUUGCUAUACAAACAGCAUCCAAACAGCAAGUGUGUUUUUUAAUAUUUUAAAUAUCAUAAUACUUAACUAUUUUGUGAGCUUUAAUGAACUUUCAAAGAUUUUUCAAAAUUGUUAGGAGACAGUUUGUAUAUCAUGGAUUAGAAUUAUUAGAAUUCACAAUUCAGACUCAUGCAUUUCAACCAUGUAUUAUGCCGCAGUUCCUAAAACAAAAUCUUGUUUAGG